GCCUGCAGGUGAGCAAGCGACAGCCGUCCGCCGACCGUCCGAGUGUCCGUCCCGGAAGACUCGGAGGGAGCGGCGCCGACGCCAGGUCACCGACGGUUGCCAGCCAGCGGCGGCAUUCGUUCGCUGGUAUCCGGCCCGUCGCCUGCUGGCCGUGUGCGAGACUGGGAGCGAGCGGCCGCGGCAUGUGUGACGUUCACCCGCCGCUGACCGGCGUGUCACUGGUGGGGCCGACCCCCGUCAUGCCCCAGGUGCCGGCCGCCUCUGAUCUGCCACCCGGAUUCAUGACGCUCUCAGACGAGGAGCACAGCGCCAUGGUACGCCGGCAGCCCAUCGAGAAAUACUACGAGAUAUACCCGACGCCAAUAUCCACGGGCCAGUGGGCCAGUGUGUACAAGUGCCGGCGGCUGGGCACCGAGCUGGAGUUUGCCGCCAAGUUCUGCAGCAAGAGCCGACUGGGUCUGGACGCCCGCCGAGAGAUCGUGCAUGAGAUGGCGGCCAUGCUGCGCUGCCGCCGCUGUCCACGCGUCGUCCAGCUGCACGAGCUGUUCGAGACCGAGCAGCAGUACAUACUCGUCAUGGAACUAGGCAGCGGUGGAGACCUGCAAGGAAUUCUGGACAACAACCAGGUGCCGUACGAGGCUGACGUGGUCCGCUUCAUGAGGAGCUUGCUGGAGGGGCUGGCGUUCCUCCACGAGAGGAGCAUCGCCCACCUCGACAUCAAGCCCCAGAAUCUGGUUCUGACCGGGGCGUUCCCGGACUGCGAUAUCAAGCUGUGCGACCUCGAGAUAUCGCGGGUCAUCUCCCCGGCUCAAGACAUACGGGAGAUGCUCGGGACCCCGGACUACGUCUCACCCGAGAUUCUGCGAUUUGACGCGGUGACCUUGGCUGCCGACAUCUGGUCGGUCGGAGUGCUGGCGUACGUGCUGUUGACGGGCUUCACACCGUUCGGUGGCGAUACCGACUCUGAAACGUUCCGCAACAUCGCCAAGGCCGAACUGGAGUUCCCCGACGAGCUGUUCGAAGACGUGUCAGAGUCAGCCAAGGAUUUCAUCCGGCGAUGUCUGCUGAAGGACCCAAGAGAGCGUCCCAGGGCCCGAGAGCUGCUUGCGAUGCGCUGGCUGCAGCGUCGCUCCAGCCUGGCCCCUCCGGAGAUCGUCAUCGCCCCGGCCGCCGACAGCAUCGAACACCUGUCGAAAGUCAACGACUCACCGAGGAACCUGCGCCGAUCCAUCUCCAAGAGCCGCGAAGUGCUCUCCGUCAAGGUCAGCAAGAGCAACCUGAAGAAGAACAUCUCCAAAUCACGGGAGCGGCUGUGUGACCUCAAGUUCAGCCUCCCAAAAAGCUCAGACCAGUUCCCGUCCUGCCUCCGAGCUAGCACGUCCCGGCUUGCUGACGGAUCAGGUGGCAGGCCGCCGUGGAAGGGUGCCGGUGCCGGUGGGCCCACGAACAGCGUUUCCACCUCGGCCAUGGACCGGGUCAACACGUUCAAGGUGCGGGAUCAGUACCAGAGCCAGGUGGCGGCCAGCCUGAGCGGCAGCUGCCAGAGCCUGGACGGUGGCCCGCCGCCGUUCGUGCGCCACAACAGCCUGCGCGGCCGCCGGAAGACCUCAGCACAGAGCGGCGAGCCGGCCAACCUCCGGUCGUCACUGCGACGCACCAGGAACAAGGAGGGCGCUCUGAACCGGAAACACAGCACCCAGGCGGAGGACUGCAAGCUGGCGCCAGACAGCGACAAGAACAAGGAGCUAGACAAGCGGUCCGUGUCGUCUCAUGAUGGGUCUGAGCCAAUUCCGCGCACUGAACGCCAGAGACGCAGUUCAAGGAAGGAACCGCUGACUUCCAUGGAUGAAGGCAAUCUCAGUACAGCAGAAAACAUUGUAGAUAGUUAUCAACACGAGCUCUCCAUGCUCCGUACGAAUUCCGGGAAAUCGCAAGACACUAAGCUGAAGACAAUGCAGGGAGUUGGGCAUGGCGAAGAAAAAGAAAACCAAAAGCUAAAUAUGUCUCGCUCUCACUUGGUGUCAGCUACGAAUAAUUCAAAGCUGUCCAAGCUGUCCAAUGACGAGCAUCCACACACCAGCCAGAAUCCUUCCGACGUGAAUGAUGGCCAAGCGAAAACUCAUCAUGUGAGCGGCAACCCGACGCUCACCAAUGGCUUUCGAAGACAAUCCUUGGCAGGGAAAAGCCGAUCUCCGGAGUCGAACAGACCCGGCACGGGCGUAUCAACACCUGGGUCCGUCGUCAAUGGAUGUGAGGCUACCGGGAAGACAGACACAUUCCCAGUUUCUCCUCCACGUCCACCAUCACGUGCCCAAAGUCAAGAAAGGAGGGCGAGAAAGCGGCCCGAGACGUCCGGCGGCGCGCGCCAGUCGGUACUGGAGCGCAGGAAUACGGUGGCCGCCUUGCCUGCUCCCGCCACCGCCGCGACCUCUCGCCGCCGUCAGGGGUCAUUGGAUCGGCAGGAGCGCGGCGUUAACACCGUCUCGGCCUCCACCUGCGAGCGAGCCGUCAACACGGACGCCGUCCGACUGGCGGCCAUCAUAGACGAGGACGUGGUCUGGGAGCAGACGCAGGCGCUCGGGCCGCGCUCUGUGCGCGGCCGACCGGCCGUCGAACUGCCCCGCUCGCCGCCCACCCGACAGCGGCGCGAAUCGAGCGAGCGCAAACUGCGCGAGCCGAUCUUCGAGAGGUCAGCGCCGCUGCGCUCCAGCCGGCGCGACUCGUCCUGGCAGCAGGGAUCACCUCAGCCGGCCGCCUCCCGCGCCAGCUCCACCGAGGACGGACGCCGCUGGCGCAAGGCCUCGGCCGACGAGGACGGCAGGGCGCUCCGCAAGUCCUCCACUGACGAGGACGUGCGCCGGCUGGCUGUCCUCUCGGGGGUCAGGACCGACAAGAGGACGGGCUCCACCGAGGGCGGCAAGCGUCUCCGCAAAGCCUCGGCCGACGAAGACGGCAGGCGUCUUCGCAAGUCCUCCACUGACGAGGACGUACACCGGCUGGCGUCUACAUCCGACGCUCGAGACGAAAAGAAAGCGCCCCCAAUCAUCGUGAAGAGGACGACACCUUUCCACCGACGCUCCAGCUCCCUGACCAGCGACUUGGGCAGCAGCGAGGUGUCUAGCGACGCCGGCAGCGAGUCGUACAACGUCAUAUCCUGGGAGGAGAAGGCCGAGCCAUCGGCCGGCGGCGGGCGGACCACCGAGCUGCGGCCGGUGGUCACCACGCGGCUGGUGCGGCGACCCCACUCGCGCAGCAGCCAGGCGGCGAGGGCAUGA